AUGGACCAGUAUUCAAUUUACAGGUCUUACACAUCUCGCUCUGUGCGAGGCUCGGCCUCCGGCCAUCAACACUCCGUGAAGGACGGCACCACAACGAUCUCGAGAUGUCUGACUGGUGGGGUGAAUCUCUCAACCAUCCCAUCAGGUGUGCCAUUGUUGGGCGACAAAUCCACCCUCUUAAUCACCCGACCCAGCUCUAGCCUCAAAGUUGAAGAUGACGACGAGUACUCUAUCUUGCUAUCAGCGUACAGCGAGGGCCGCGCUGAUCAGUCCAUGCUCACUGCUUGUCAUACAAUCGAUGAUUUAUCGGCCCUCGAGGCGCCAAGAAGUGUUGCAGCGUUCUUGUCCAUAAUCAAUCCCUCACAUGUUAAAUAUCUUUUCCUCGGCCGAGAGGUAUAUCCAGAUCUAGACCUGGUACCCAUCUUCCAAGUCCUGCCCUCGGUCGACGUCUAUUCGUUCGACUAUUGGGAUCAUCGGCAAUGUCUUCUGCCACUAUUUCAGGGUGUUGCUACCCAGUCUUUGGAGACUAUUCGAAUCCUAUUCCCCAUCUAUUAUAAAGACGAUAUGAAAGGGCUCGAUGACGAUGAGUUUAUUCAUAAUCUUGAAGAGAAGGUUAUUCACCGAGCGGAAAAUGGGCAGCGGCUGAAGGCUGUCUAUCUUGAUAUUAUCCAGGUGCCGGGUCUCGAAGCGAAUCAUAUACUGCGGGACCGACACAAAAAGAUCUUGCCACGCUACGGUAGGGUCCGCGACAAUGUCGAUACUCUGGAGAUACAGUAUCGUAGCUCAAAGUGGUUAGGUGACGCAGAGUUGCACACUCAAUACGAUUCCACUGCAUGGAUGCACGAUUGGGAUUUUGGUGCGUUGCGUUUUCCUUGUAAAGCUCCUUGA